AUGGCUGAAAUCGUAUUGUCGUCCAACACCAUUAUCGAAGUAAUAAAUGCGAUCACGUCUGCAGGGACUUUCGCCGUGGCGCAUUGCGUGUCUGAAGACUUUCAAAUGAGUAGGGGUGUUGCGGUGCAGUUUAAGCUGAACUAUGGUCAGGUUAGCGUCCUCCUGUACCAAAAUGCCAGAGUAGGUGGGGUGGCAGAACUGAGGGUUGGCCAGGAAAAUGAUUUUUAUAUUUUUUAACUGGUGACUAAUUAGUAAACUAAUUACUAUAGUAACUUUAAAGUUUUAUACCACCAGAAACCAACUCUCCGGUCCCUCGCCACCACAUUGGUCCAGUUAAGGGAUAGAUUGAAGGAAUUGUCAAUUAAUUCUUUAGUUAUCCCGAAACUGGGAUGUACAUUAGAUGAACUAAAUUGGUACCAGGUUCAUGCUUUAUUGAAGACGACAUUUGACGGUAGUGAUGACCUGCAGUUAAAAAUCACUGUUUGCGAUCCCGAAAACUUUCAGAUACCGUCUCACCAUCUGGCUAAAAUAGAGGAGAAGCAAAUUGAUUUUUUUGAUUUUUCGACGAAUUCCACAGUCAAAAUUCUACCCGUCGAAAUAACGUGCGCGUCAACCAACAUGUUAUUCCAAAAAUGUUUAACAAAUACAUUUUUAGUUGUGGGCGACGGUGCACCUAGGACAGGUCGUCCGAACACGGAAGCCCAAAUUAAUAAAACAGUGGCGAUGGGCCUUUUCAUUUGGGCAUUUCCAAAGUCUGAAAUGAUUCACUAUGCGGCAUUUUCGUCCCUGGUAAGGUCACAGUUGGCUGACAAUGUAUCUUGGCGGUAUAAAAUAGUGGUGUGCAACCCAACUAUCUCACGCAAACAAUGCAUGCGGGAAAAUGGCCGAGAGGCAAAAAUCAUCACCGGCCUUCACCUGCAAAUUAUAAUCCUGGCCAAGGCGGGAUUGUACGUGGUCGUGGCCAGCUGCCAUGAAAGACAAUUCAAUGCUCCCACUUUCAAUGAAGUCGCAGUGGUGAUUGUUGCCGAAAAUGUGGCAUCACGCGAUAUUGUUCUUAAGCGUCGCGAUGGUGGACAAUUGCAGCGCGUGUACGAGACUCAUCGGUCAUAUGAUGCGCUUCAAUACCCGUUGAUGUUCUGUAGAGGAGAGGAUGGCUAUCACUUAAAUAUUAAGAUGUUCAACCCAAUGACGGGAGAAGAAACGAAUAAAAAUGCCAGCUCAAUGAAUUUUUAUGCAUAUCGAUUGAUGAUUCGACAAGAUGUUGACAACCAUCUAUUGAGAUAUCGCCGGUUGUUUCAAAAGUACUGCGUCGACAUGUACGUCAAGGUCGAAACGGAGCAGCUCAAUUUCAUUCGCUUCAAUCAGUCAAAGUUACGAUCAGACGAGUACAUCCACUUGCGUUAUGCCAUCGCUACCGAAGGAGACGCGGCCAACAUUGGUCGUUUGACUAUUCUCCCGGCUACUCAUAUUGGAAGCCCGCGACACAUGCUGAAUAUGCCCAAGAUGCGAUGACGUAUGUGCGGAAUUACGGACGACCUGAUUUGUUCAUCACGUUUACUUGCAAUCCGAAAUGGCCCGAAAUUACAAAUCAGUUGCUGACAGGACAAACACCAAGUGAUCGACAUGACAUCAC